UUUUUUAACCCAAACAAAAAAGAAGCAAAAACCCUCCCUCUCUCUCUCUCUGGGUUUAAGCAAAAACGAAAAAACGUAAUGGCGUCAGCACCACCACCAUCGAUGUCUCUUCCACCUCUGCCCCUGCCACUACCAGCGACAACGGUCGCAGGAGGGGUUUGGAAUCCUCUGCAAAGAGCGUCAUUGUACGUGGGUGAUUUGGACCCGGAUGUUACAGAGCUUGACCUCUUUCGCAUAUUCUCUACCGUUGCUCCCAUUGUCUCUCUUCGCCUUUGCCGAUGUCUCCGUACCGGAAAGUCUCUUCGUUACGGUUAUAUCAACUUCUUCUCUCACGCUCAUGCAUCUAAAGCUUUAGCAUGUCUAAACCACACUGACCUGAAGGGAAAACCAGUGAGGAUAAUGUGGUCUCAUAGAGAUCCUUUGCCUCGAAAGAUUGGUCUUGCCAAUCUCUUUGUCAAGAACCUGGACCCUACUGUCACUAGUGCUCGCUUGGAGGGAAUCUUCUGUCGAUUUGGGACUAUUCUUUCUUGUAAGGUUGCUGAAGAAAAUGGCAAGAGUAAAGGUUUUGGAUUUGUGCAGUUUGAUUCAGAAGAAUCAGCUAAGGCUGCCACAACCGCUCUCCAUGAUACUAUGCUUGAAGGGAAGAAGUUAUAUGUGUCCAAAUUUGUCAAGAAGAGUGAAAGGACAGCAGGUGCUGAAGGAGAGAAGUUCACUAAUCUAUAUGUGAAAAACCUGGUUGAUGGCAUGACAGAGGAUCUCCUUGGAGAAAUGUUUUCUAGAUAUGGGAAGGUUUGCAGCGUUGUAGUCAUGAAGGAUGGCAAUGGGAGCUCAAGAGGUUUUGGGUUUGUCAACUUUCAAUCCUCGGAUGAUGCUAAGAAAGCUCUGGAGGCAAUGAAUGGUGUACAACUGGGUUCAAAGAAUUUGUUUGUUGGAAGGGCUCAAAAGAAGGCUGAAAGGACAGAGCUAUUGAAACAUAAGUACAAGUAUGUAUUCAACAGUCGCUUUGAGAAAUUGAAGGCUUCAAAUCUCUAUGUGAAGAACCUCAAUGUAUCCAUUGAUGACAAAAAAUUACAAGAACUUUUUGGUCAGUUUGGAAAAAUAACCUCAGCAAGGGUGAUGCGCUAUGAUAAUGGGAUGAGUAAGGGAUUUGGCUUUGUGUGCUUCUCCUGUCAUAGAGAAGCAAUGUCAGCUUUACAUGGGCUUAAUGGAACCUUUUUUGAGGGAAGGAAUCUGUAUGUGGCAGUAGCUCAGCGUAAAGAAGAUCGCCGCUUGGAAUUGCAGAACUACUAUGUGCAAAACACCCCGGUACAGUCCUCAUAUCAAUCAAGUUGCAAGGCCGUUACCCCUCAGUUCUGCCCAUUUUACUUCAGUAUCCCUCCUUGCCCUCCUCUUUUCCCUCUGCUGCCCCAGCCAACCUUAUCUCAGAAUAGUAUUGCAAAUGUGGGCAUUCAGCAUUCUUUUGCAACAUCACAUGACCAGCAAAACUUCUCAUACGAUCUUAUGAGAAACAUGCAUCCAAGCAAUGCCGGGAUCAGAAGAGAUUGGGUGUGCAGACAGAGUCCUAUGACAUAUGCUAACCCUGAUGUUCGAAUCCAAGAGCUGGGCCGUGGGAAUUCUGGGAGUAAGAAAGUAGGCUUCAGGAAGAAGGGAAACAGAAAGUAUGAACCUGCAGAAAAAUCCUCUGUAGCAGUAGCAGCUAUCCAAUCUGUUGCUGCUGCAUCCCCUGGACGCUGUAAGAAGAACAAUGAAAAUAUAACUUGCCCAUUUGUAGAGAAUCUUGAGCGAAGGUUACAGGAGAGCUAUUGGGGAUAAAGAAUUCUGAAGUACUCAAGCUGCUGAGUCCUAAUUCCAUGGCUGCGCGAGACAAGCCAGUUCCAAGUGCUAAAGAAGGCAAAUGCUAGGACCGGUAGAGAUGCUGUUACUUUUGCCAACCCCAAAUCUGCCCGUUGCUUAAAGCUACUAACUGGUGUCAUCACAUGAUUCUAACAUGCGUACUAUUUUCCUUGGUGUUUUUUCAAUUUUGCAAAAUACUUGCUGCUGAUGUAUGAAUUGCUAUAUGCUUUCUGGUUAUUUUGGUGACUUUAUGCUCUCCUAUUGUAUUGUGUCCAAAACUAAGAGCGACAAAGCGCAGGUUUCCUUUUUCUCAUAUCUGGAGCUUUUCUGAUCAUGCUGCCUU